AUGGAAGGAGAUGGAACAGUAGUAGCAGCAGCAGCAGCAUCAUCCUGUCCACUUCAAUCACUGAAGCAAUCGUCGUUUUGCGCAAGACUUCGCAAUUCGAAAAUCAACAAAAGUGGAGGACUCAACGGACGACACUAUGAAACGGUAUAUUUGAAAUGUCAAAUUACCAAACCAAUAUCUGAAUCUCUUGAUAGUGAUAGUCGUUUCCUCCUUCCUUCUUUGUCUCCUUCACCAUGUCAAAUGUCAGAUUCGCUUGUUAAAGAGUCUCAUUCGCUGGCGUUUUUGCCACUUUGA